AUGCCAUCGUUCUACAGUCUUAAGCUAGUACUUCUUGCCAUUAAUUCUAUAGAGAAGGAAGCGAAGUAUGCGAACAUAACAAAUGAAGAAAAAGAUUAUGAAAUAGAUGACACAUGGAAAGCCUCAUUAUUAAAGGCAAUAAGUGAAUCGCAAAGAAUAAUGCCGGAAAUUGAAGAAUUGCCAACGGAACCCAACAAAGAGGAAAUAAUAGAGGCGGAUUUUGAAGGAUUAAAGAAUAUAUUAUAUAAGAAUGGUAAUAAAAAGAAAGGGGUUGAAAAUAAAAGUCGAAAUGUUGAAAAUUCUGAGGAAGAAAGGAAAAGAAUGAAGGAAUGUGGAUUUAAAAAAAAAUUGUUUGGAGAAAGAGAAAAAGAAAAAAUGCAAAAUAUAAUAGAGAGAAAGCAAUCAUUAAAAGGGACGACAUCUUCAAGGAGCAUAAAUCCCUCAACGGUUGACAGUAGAUCCUUGACAUUGAGUGAAUCCAUUCAAACGGUUCAUGUAAACAAACUCACAAACCUAGGGCAUAACCCAUCCUCUGAUAGAGAAGUGAGUGACUCCGAGGGUGUACAACGUGGCUUGAUAGAAGAAGAAAGAUCCUUGCAUCUCUCAGAUUUAAUUGUAACUCGAGUCAAUGAUGGUGAUGAAAUGGAGUGCCCCACUUCAACUUUGGUGAUGGAUGCUCUGGCUCCAGUAAAGAUGAUUGCUUUAGCCACACAGACUAUCAAGAACAAGAGAGAUGAGUUGAAGGAGCCAGAUGCGUCGAUUAAUGUUAGCUCAGCUCCCACAAAAGUAUUUGAAAUUGAGUCUCCUGUACCAGGUCCGCAUUUCGCACCCAGCGAGUCGGCUUCAGAUCAGUGGAGUUUGUCCAUUUCUGAGAAAUAUUAUGGCAAGCAAGAUAUUUUGCCUCCAGGAAGUGAGAGAGUCGAGCCAAAUGAAUUUCCUGAAUUUAACAAAUUAGACCUCUCUGGGAAUGAACAAUACAGGGCGACUGGCCAGCUCAGUUGCACAGAGGAGUUGUCCAAGUCGAUGCAACUGCCAUCCCCCAGAACCUCUGUCACAGGACGUCUCCGAGAAGAAGACUUACAUAUUGAUGAGUCUGUUAGACAGGAAACUAGUGAAAGAUAUGAUGUUGAUAAGCCGGCGCUGUUUGACCGCUUGCCCACGACUGAUUAUGCUGAGAACACAAGUGUUUUGCUGGAGGACAAUGAUUCCGUGGUCAUGCAAGUAUCCUCUGAAUGCAUAGAUGCCUACUCGGUGCUUAAAGAUCCCUUGACAUUGAGUGAAACGAUGCAAGCCGGUCAUGUAGACAAAAUCAUC